AUGGUGUUUGACGCUCGCCAGCUGCACGAGAAGUGCCAGGAGAUGCUAACUCACCUCCACAUUACCCUCGUGGACUUGACGAAGGCCUUUGAUACGGUGAAUCUCGAGGGAGUGUGGAAACCCACGCAGAAAUUCGGCUGUACUGAACGGUUCGCGCCACACGGUACGUCACCUCCACGACGGGAUGAUGACACGCGUCAAGGACAACGGCUCAAACUCCGAGUCACUUUUAGUGGUCAGUUGGAUUAAGCAUGGCUGCGUCUUCUUGCCUACCCUCUUCAUUCUCAUGUUCUCUGCCAUGCUGAUGGACGCCUGCCGUGAUGAGCGCCUGGGAUCCGCAUCGCUUACAGGACGGAUGGCCACCUCCGCAAUCCACGGCGGAUGUGCUUCCAGUCGCGUGUAUCCACAACCACAGUUUACGAACUUCUCUUCGCCGACGACUGCGCCCUCAACACCACCUCGGAAGAGGGUAUGCAAAGGAGCAUGGAUCUCUUCUCUGCCGCCUGCGAGAACUUCAGUUUAGCCAUAAACACGGAGAUGACGGUGGUCAUACACAAACCGCAACCCAACAGAACCCACAAUGCGUUGCAAAUCAUGGUCCACGAAACCCAAUUGUAAGUGGUGGACAACUUCCCUUACCUGGGCAGUACCCUUUCCCGCAGUACAGUACAGUAGCCCGCCGGAUUUUGAAGACCAGUCAAGCCUUCGACUGCCUUCAAAACACAGUUUAGAAUCAUCACGGUCUCCAGCUCAGCACAAAGUUGGAAAUGUACAAGGCCGCCAUCCUUCCGACGUUGCUGUAUGGAGCCGAGAAUUCGACGGUGUACACGAAGCAGGCACGCAUACUCAACCACUACCACCUCAGUGGUCUUCGCCGCAUCCUGAAUCUGAGGUGGCAGGAUCGAAUCCCGGACACUGAUAUACUGGAACGGACGGGAAUCAACAACAUCUACGCUAUUCUGAGACAACCGCAGUUUCGCUGGAGCGGCUAUCCCGUGCGGAUGGAUGACGAGGGGCUACCCAAACGAUUCCUCUAUGAAGACGUCGUCACUGGUUUCCGCCACCAAGGAGGCCAAAUGCGUCUUUACAGGGAUACUCUGAAGUCCUCCCUGAAACGCCCGAGACCGUAG